AUGAUUGACUUAUCCUGGGGUAAUUUGAGAGGCCCUCGUGACGUGAGCGGUCGCGCGCGCCGCGUCAGCCAGCUCUACCGCCGAGACUCUCCUGAGGGAAAACUUUCUUGUAUCAUGGGAGAUGCGCCAAUCGGUCUUCGAAACGAACUGGAUACACGCUUUUGUUUACCUAACAAAACACUGACGGUCUCGGGUGGUUUAAAAGUCUUAUGUUUUAAGAGAAAACCAAUAUGGAUGUACCAUCUGUGUGUUGUCGUUUUCAAAUGGCCGGGAGUGCAGAGUAACCCGAUACAUCAGCGGAGCGAGAUGAACUUUAAAUAA